AUGAUCCAAGAAACUUCUAAGAGCAUGAAAGCGAUUCGUCAACGUCUUCUUGAAGCGCAAAGGAGAACCAUCGAGCAAGUCAAAGUGAUUCGCCAACGGUUGUUAACCGCACAAAGUAGACAAAAGAGUUACGCCGAUCGUCGCCGCCGGCCGUUAUCAUUUAAAGUGGGGGAUCACGUGUUCCUUAAGGUGUCACCGCGUCGGGGACUAUCUCAUUUUGGGCAAAGGGGCAAGCUUUCACAGCGUUAUAUCGGACCGUUUGACGUUAUUGAGAAGAUCGGGGAAGUCGCGUAUCGAUUGGCAUUACCACCCAGAUUAUCGAACGUUCACGAUGUGUUCCACGUGUCAAUGUUACGAAAGUAUGAGCUGGAUCCGUCACACGCUCUAGAGUGGUCCGAACUAGAGUUGGAAGCCGAUGCAUCUUACGGGGAGGAGCCGAUACGUAUCCUAGAUUCGCGCAAGCAAGUCUUGAGGGGGAAGACCAUACCGUUAGUGCGAGUUCUUUGGAGCACGCUCGGAAAGGAAGAGUCGACGUGGGAAAAAGAAGAUGAACCAGAAGAGAAGUUUUUGGUUGAUUUCGGAGUUGGAAAGUCUAAGGCUUGUUUGUUUGAUCGCUCGUUUGAAGCUCCCAUCUUGAGGUAG